UAAGCAGACGUUUACAUUCCGCUAAAAAAGCCACACACACAAACAGGCACGCGUGCGCGCGCACUGAUCGAGCUGCUAAGUGCCGUUGGUUUCUGUGAAUGAGCCCCACAACGAGAAGGAAGGAAACAACCGCGGGACAGAAGAUGUGCCAUCAGAUCCCUUGGAGAUGCUUCUUUUAUCUGUUCACCUGCCUCCUUCUUUGGACUGAAGCAGUGCCUGUUGCCAUAGAUAAGACGAAGGUCCGGGUGCCAGAAGAAAAAAAAGAAGAAAAAGUUGACCAUCCUGACACUGGACUGUACUAUGACCGCUACCUCAGGGAAGUAAUUGAUGUUCUGGAAACGGACAAACACUUUAGGGAGAAACUGCAGAACACCGACAUGGAAGACAUUAAGCAAGGAAAAUUAGCCAAAGAGCUUGAUUUUGUAAGUCAUCACAUAAGAACGAAAUUGGAUGAAUUAAAAAGGCAGGAAGUAAGCAGAUUACGGACCCUGAUUAAAGCUAAACAUGAAAUGCAAAAUGGAAAUGAUGUAGCUAUGGACCAUCAGGCUCUUCUGAAACAGUUUGAAUAUUUAAAUCACAUGAACCCACAUACUUUCGAAACAGAUGAUUUGGAUAAGUUGAUUAAGACAGCAACUAAAGACCUUGAAAACUUUGAUAAGGAGCGUCAUGAGGAGUUUAAAAGGUACGAGAUGAUGAAGGAGCACGAAAGGCGAGAAUACUUAAAGACUUUGGAUGAGGAAAAGAGACAGAAAGAAGAGGAGCAUUAUGAAGAAAUGAAGAAAAAACACGCUGACCACCCAAAAGUGAACCAUCCAGGAAGCCAAGAUCAGCUCAAAGAAGUCUGGGAAGAGGCUGAUGGGCUGGAUCCAGUAGACUUUGAUCCAAAGACAUUCUUUAAAUUACACGAUUCCAAUGGAGACGGCUAUCUCGAUGAACAGGAGUUAGAAGCGUUGUUUACAAAAGAGCUCGAGAAGAUGUAUGAUCCCAAUAAUGAGGAAGACGACAUGGUGGAGAUGGAGGAAGAGCGGCUGAGGAUGCGAGAGCACGUGAUGAAUGAGGUUGAUACAAAUCGAGAUCGGCUGGUUUCAUUAGAUGAGUUUAUGAUUUCAACUGGAAAGAAGGAAUUUUUGGAACCUGACAGCUGGGAGACACUGGAGCAACAGCCUGCCUUUACAGAGGAAGAGUUGAAAGAAUUUGAAAAGCAUAUUUCUAAUCAAGAGCAAGAGCUGAGCAAGAAGUCUGAGGAACUCCUUAAGCAAAAAGAAGAACUUGAACGACAACAGCAGCAGCUCAAUGCCCAGAAACUGGAGCUUCAGCAGGCUGUUGAACACAUGGAAAGACUAAGAAGUCAACAGGCUCAGCAGCCUCCUGUGCUUGAGGGCGAACCGAACAUUCAGAAUGGUGCUGUGCAGCCUCCUUCGGAAACGGGAAGCCAUCAGCCGCCAGCCGCAGGUGAUGCCAAGCCACAGGAGUCACAUCAGUAGUCUCGAGUGCCUCACUUUCUGAGUGUGUGUGCGUGUGUGUGUGCGUGUGUUUGUACGAUUGCUUCACACACACACACACACACACACACUUACAACCACAGGAUCCAGUUUACAGCUCUAAUGAUAAUUUCAGAUAUGGAAUUCAAAUGUUUCUGUUCUCCAAGUGAGUCAGCUGUCCAAUUUGAAAGAAAAUGGCAAAGCAGCACCGAAUCGUUUGGAGUAAACUGCCUGGAAAGACUUUGUAAAUUAAUUUUCUUUCAAUUUUGUAAUCCCAGGUGCACAUUCCUAUUAGCUGUCGUCCUGCACAUCUCAGUAAAUCAUGCUGCUGCCGCUGCCGCCACUGCCCACUUAAGAGGAGGCCAUACCGUGGGGGUCCAGCUUCAUUUUGCUAGGUUUUGUUAAAUGGACUUCAUUUUAUCCCAACCUUUAUGCUGCCAUAUGUUGAAGUGAGUCCAUUUAACUUGACGUCACCUUGUAGUGAAGGGCUUGGCGUUGGUUACACCUACAGAUCUGGAGUGACUGGAGAAUGAGGGAGAGGCAUUUGAGUGCUUGUGUGCGUGUGUCUGUGUCUGUGUGUAUACGUGUGUGUGUGCGUGUCUGUGUAUUCACGUCCCCGCUUCAGAGACACUCCAGAGCUUUAGUCGCCCAUACCAAGUCAGUUUUAUGAAUCGAUCCUCCUGUGCGCCCUCCUCCUUCUUGAUACCUGAAAUUGAAAGCUGCCAUGUUUAGAGUGUACCACAUAUCCAGCCCCUCUUUAAUUUAUUAUGCUUAUGUUCAAAUCGUUUCGCUUUACUGAGGAGUGCAUCAUGUUGGUGAAAGUGUGAGAUUUUCUGGGGGCCCAUUUCCGCAUUUGGCAUUUCCACAUUGGCACCCAGUGCUUCUCAGACCGAUUGUGCUGCUCUCUCCUGGUUGGGGUUGCUGACUGGACUGUACAGGACAGGACAUGAUGAGUACCUUUGACGCCCCAAUUCCUCUCUCUUAUGUUGUUGCCACAUAUCAGAAUGCAUUUUAUAAAAAACAAAUGUCGAGAUGAAUGUAUAAGUGAAAGAUCUGAAAGUCUGAAUGUUGCUCAUAUAUGAAACGUGUGCACUCUUGAGCAGGGCUGCAGAUGCAUAACCUCGGGCCUUAAGAACGGGAACGGGCCUAAGCCCCGAUGCCCCCUGACACUGAUGGAGGGAAGCCCUUCAAGACCUUUGUUGGACUGUUGUAGACUGUGGGUAAAAUCACAACAGCUUGAACACGGCUCCAUCUUUAAGAUUACACAACCGAGGAGGAGAUGGUGGGCAUUGGGACCAUGUUGAGACCCAAAGACUCUCUUGGACUGUGGAAGAAAUCAAAUUUCACAGCCUGGCAUCACACCAGUCUAGGCAGUGACAAGGGGUGCAGGCUUUGAUGGGCACUACUGUGGAUGGCAGAGAGUCCCCCUUGACAUGCUAUGGCCAGAAGUCUGCUAAAAAUGGCCUAUGGGGACAGGGAAAGCCGAGUUGUGGCCCUGCGUUUCAGGAAUACUGCUGUCCCUUCUCUUUUUUAUUGUUUUCUUUUCCUACUAUAUGAUGUUUAUUUUAGUGGCAAUGAAUUCCGAAAAAGAUUUGUAUCCCCCAGAUGUUUCUCAAAAACACUUUUUUAAUUAGUGGAUUUUGUUCUUUGGUUGGUGCAAUGUAGUAAAUUCAGAAACGGAUUAAAUCUGAUGAUUUAAACUUGGA